UUGUUUGUUGUUGUCGUGUUUGGUCUGCAGAUGGCGCUGCGUGUCGCUCCAAAAUUCCGCCAGUCUUGUUGUGUUGUUUGGCGAAAGAACUUGUUGCUGUAUCAUGUCGACGGCUGCCUCGGCCGUUGCUCUGCUUCUUCCCCCCCGCUUCUGCCGCUGCUCUGAGGCCGCAUCACUCCUUCAUUUAACCCUUCAUCUAUAGGAACAUUACAAGUCAUGCCAAAAAGAAAGCCCAGCAAAGUUGAAGUAACAUCGGAUGAGAGCGACCACUCCCCACUGGAAAGUGAAGAUGGAGACAUGUUGUCUCAAACCAGGGUUACUCGUCGGUCUUCAGGUUUGCAGAAGACCAGUGUAGAGAGGAAGAAGAAGAGGGUGCAGUCUGAGUCCAGCAGUGAUACGGAGUGCGACCCAAAUGGUCAGAUAACUUCUAAAGAGGAGAAAAUUGCAAAUGCCAAGCUGCAGGCACUCUAUGGGUUUGCCGAGAAACGGGCUACACCUCUGACAGAUUACAAUGAGAAUUCCAGAUGUCCAUUCCCAGGAUGUGAUUCAAGAGGUCAUAUGACUGGCAAGCAUGAAACACAUCGGACCAUAUCGGGAUGUCCUCUCUACCACAACACCACAGCUGACGAGUGUAAAAAACGAUUUGAGGAAAGACAAAAAUCUUCUGAAGAGAGAAAGAAAAUUGUGAAAAACUUAAAUGAACGGCGGGACCUUCGACGGCAACAACCAACAGAAGAACAGAAAGAAAAAGCUCAAAAAGUAAUAGAAAUGAGGAAGAAAGGGAAUGUUGCUUUGACCCAUGAACUCAAAGCUGAACAUCUUCUACACAGGACAAAGAAUGGUCGAACAAGGGAACCGUUGUUGAAGGGGCUUGCAUCACAAUACGAUUUACAGCUUUUCCGAGAGGCUCAAGCUCGCGCAUGUGAACAGAUGGAACAUGAAAUGACACAGCAUUAUCAGCUCAGUGAUAUUCAAGAAUACCGGAUAAAAAAGUUGGAAAUUGGCCGCUUUGAAAUGAAUACCUGGUAUUCUUCUCCAUAUCCUGAUGAAUAUGCCCGCCUUCCAAAAGUUUACCUCUGUGAAUUCUGUUUAAAAUAUAUGAAAACGGCUACUAUUUUACGCCGACAUUUGGCUAAAUGUGUUUGGCGGCAUCCCCCUGGUGAUGAGAUUUAUCGUAAAAACAAUAUUUCAGUGUUCGAAGUAGAUGGGCAGAAAAAUAAGGUUUAUUGUCAAAAUCUAUGUUUGUUAGCUAAACUGUUUUUAGACCAUAAAACCCUGUACUUCGAUGUUGAGCCCUUCUUAUUCUACGUCAUGACUGAAAAUGAUUCCAGUGGAUGCCAUAUCGUUGGCUAUUUUUCAAAGGAAAAAAAUUCCUUUUUGAAUUACAAUGUAUCUUGUAUCCUCACACUUCCACAAUUCAUGCGUCAGGGCUAUGGCAAAAUGUUAAUAGAUUUCAGUUAUUUACUAAGCCGAAUGGAACAGAAGAUAGGAUCACCUGAGCGUCCCCUUUCUGACCUUGGGCUUAUUAGCUACCGUAGCUACUGGAAAGAGGUCUUGUUAAACUAUUUGCACCGAUAUAAAGCUAAUGAAAUAUGUAUCAAAGACGUCAGCCAAGAGACGGCCAUCAAUGCCAAUGACAUAGUCAGUACGUUGCAAGCACUUGGAAUGUUGAAAUAUUGGAAAGGAAAACAUUUAGUUCUGAAAAGACAGGAUCUGAUUGAUGAAUUCUUGGAAAAAAAAUCCAAACGUCCGCCAGACUUCAAGACCAUUGACUCCAAUUGUCUCAAGUGGACAGCUCCUGCAAAACGUCCGCUUCAAGUUUGACACUUGCACCAACUGCAAGAUUCGCAUACCCUUGGUAUAAUUUCUGUUUAGAUGGAGGGAAGAAUGGGUGGGUGGGUGGGUGGUGCUGGUGAUUGGUGACAUAUCAGCCCUGUGGAAGAACAUUCCAACUGUUACUCAGAUUCUGACUUCAUUUCUGUUUUUUGUCGUUUUAAUACAUCAUACACCAGGGUCAAGCGUGUGUGUGUAUAAACUUGUAUAUGUCUUUGUGUAUGUGAGAGAAAGGAUUAUACACUGUGUGUAUAUGGAUAUAUAUAUACAUGCACAC